CAGGGUAGAGACAUCUGUACCUCAGGAGCAGGAGUUGGUGCAUCUGAUCUGGGACCAUUUUCGGAGGAGUCCUUGGACAAAAAGAGGCUGUUAAAGCUGCAGUGGAACCGGCCAACGCACCAGUAUAAAGUCUGUCCGUCACCCUGGGAUCUACGGAGGCAAACGGAGUGCCGGUGUCGGCCAUGAAGGUGUUGAAUGUGGGAGGAGGAGGAGGUGGGGGAGGUGGAGAGAAGGCUGGCUUUUCCUUUAAGAAGUGCUCUGCUUUCCAGUUUGUCAAGAGAAAGGUACGAAGAUGGAUGACGAACCCCAAAGUGAGCGUUGAGAAGGCCCAAGGGAAAGGCCUUUACCCCUAUCCAAAGUGUCCGCUUGCUGACGACCUGUGGUACACACACGUCCCCUCGCCUUAUGGCUGCUGUCACUAUGGCGGCCUGCAGGGCGGCCAGUACUACCACCAGGAGCCGUGCUCGCCAUGCCCUGCCAGUGGGCAAACCAGUGGCCAUGACAAGAGCAAGGGCUGCAAGGUCGGGAAGUGGAAGAUGCUGGCCCGUCAUCACGCCGACGGUACAGGUAAGCAGAAGGAAGCAGAGUCAGACAUCCACCUGGGCGGUUGUCAUUCCUGGGGGAUCCACGCCUCGCCCCUCCUGGGCAGCCCUGUCAUGCUGGAGUGCUCCAUCUGCAGUGGGCCCUACAUCAGCUACGCCCUGGAGGAUACCUGGCAGCCACGUCAACGUACACAGGCGAUGGACCUGUACUACCACAAUGAGUCAGACCCAGACAGCUACUGUUGCCCUGGCGACAACACAUUUAUGAAACAGAGGAGAAUGGGUCUGAACGACUUCAUUCAGAGGCUUGCCACAAACUCCUACGCCUGCAAGCAUCCUGAAGUUCAGUCUAUUCUGAACUUGAGUCCCCCUCAGGAUGCUGAGCUCAUGAACACAAACCCCUCUCCUCCUCCUAGUCCAUCCCAACAGAUCAACCUCGGUCCGUCCUCCAACCCCUCGGCCAAACCCAGCGACUUUCACUUCCUCAAAGUGAUCGGCAAGGGCAGCUUCGGCAAGGUCUUGCUCGCACGCCAUCGUGCAGAUGACGAGUUUUACGCAGUCAAAGUCCUACAGAAAAAGGCCAUCCUCAAGAAGAAGGAGGAGAAACACAUCAUGUCAGAGAGGAAUGUGCUGCUAAAGAAUGUCAAGCACCCGUUCUUGGUGGGCCUGCACUACUCUUUCCAAACAGCGGACAAACUCUACUUCAUCUUGGACUACAUCAAUGGAGGAGAGCUGUUCUACCAUCUACAGAGAGAGCGCUGCUUCCUCGAGCCCAGAGCCAGGUUCUACGCGGCAGAGAUCGGCAGCGCACUGGGCUACCUCCACUCCCUCAACAUCGUCUACAGAGACCUGAAGCCAGAGAACAUCCUGCUGGACUCACAGGGACACAUCAUUCUUACAGAUUUCGGCCUGUGCAAGGAGAACAUUGAACCCAACGGGACCACGUCGACCUUCUGCGGUACGCCAGAGUAUUUAGCUCCUGAGGUUCUACACAAGCAGCCGUAUGACAGGACGGUAGACUGGUGGUGUUUAGGAGCUGUUCUCUAUGAGAUGCUGUACGGCCUGCCUCCAUUCUACAGCCGCAACACAGCAGAAAUGUAUGACAACAUAUUGAACAAGCCGCUGCAGCUGAAACCCAACAUUUCCAAUGCAGCCAGACACUUGCUGGAGGGCCUGCUGCAGAAGGACCGAACCAAGAGGCUGGGCUGCACAGACGACUUUAUUGAAAUUAAGAACCACAUGUUCUUCUCCCCUAUUAACUGGGAUGACCUCAAUGCCAAAAAGAUCACCCCUCCCUUCAACCCCAACGUGACGGGACCCAACGACCUGCGGCACUUUGAUCCAGAGUUCACAGACGAGCCAGUGCCAAACUCCAUUGGUUGUUCCCCAGACAGCGCGCUCGCCACAGCAAGCAUCAAAGAGGCUGCAGAGGCCUUUGUGGGCUUCUCCUAUGCCCCGUCUAUGGACUCCUACCUAUAGUAUUUAAACACAGGCACUCAAUGGACUCCAAUUCACACUUACAGGACAUGAACUGUGGCGUGUCCAUGGACUUGCAUCUUGACCCCACGUUACAUUUCCCGUCGGGAUGAUGGACAAUCCCGAAGCAACGCUUGCAACAACUCUGCAUCUGCAAAUAAUUUAAACAUGUGUACUUGCCAUGAUCUCUCCAACUCUUGAAAGAAGACUUGCUACAAGAGGAAGCCUGCCAUGAUGAGAUGACUUAUUGGGGUUUGUAAUCCUCCAUCUUACCCUGAUUUACCAACACACAAAUACUUCAACCUUCCACAACAGACAGAGACGCUCUGCAGCCUUCAUUGCCCAUCUCUUACCAGAUAGUGGAGGUUCUUUGCACACAGCUCAGGCAGCUUUAAAGCCUCCCUCGACCCUAAAGCCACAACCGACAAGCACACACACCAACUUCCAUCUUUUCUCAAAAGAGGAAGGCUGGACCGUACCGUACCAGCCCUGACAAGGAUUUCCAUCUUCAUCGAUGUAGCGAAUCAUCUUCCUUCUUUUGAGUUUCUGUCUAACAACCCACAGGGGACCUACCUGUUGUGUUUGAAUAAGUAGCUUGGAGAUGACAUUUAUUUUGGUGCUUUAGUUUUUUUAUUUACUGUCUGUGUGGUUGAACAAGGGAGUCAUUUGAAGCUGAAUGUUACAGAGGGGGAUGUUUAAUUUUUUUCUCUCAAAGGUGCCUUUUAUUUUUUUUCUCUCCAUCAGAACUCACAUCUUUUGGGUUUGUCUGCGUCGACCUUAAGGUCACCACGUUUCAUUUAGCUCCACACCUGACACCAGCAGGGGAGACGAUCUGUUUUGAGAGGAACGAUGUAGCACCAAAUUAACACACCUGUUCUGGCUUUAACACGCGAGACGUAAAGAACUCAAACGAUGUUUCAUAUCUUCAUUUGCACAUACAACAAUAAUGGUGAUAGAGAGAGAGAAAGAGAGAGCACAGCUGCUAGGUGAGAAAGAGAGUGAUGUGUUCAGAGGUAUUUGUGUAGUUCUGCUUGCCAACUGUGUCCCCCUCAUAUACAGUAGUCUUCCAUUCACCUCACAAUAGUAAGCCGACAACAUCGAAACUGAACAUUCCAUUUUAAUAUUGCUGUAAUGCAGUUUGACGGUAUUUAAGUUUGUUUGUAUAUUUGGAGUUAUGUGUACUAGAUUUAAUGUAUAUUGAACAAGAAAUGACUAAAGGUAUGCUUAAAUAUGUAUAUGUAACAAUUCAUGUUAAAUGUACUGUAAAUUGUAAAAUUGUUUAAGAUUUAUGUGACCAUGUUUGGUUUGCAAUAAAAGUUUAACUUUAUUACACCUUA